CGUCGCAGAGAGCGAGAGAGAGAGAGACACACACACACGCACACAUACUUACGAGCUACGCUUCCCCUAUACACGCGAAUACAGUAGAGCGAGCGGUGCCGGUGUGUGCAGUUUCCUCUCGGGUAUUUUCGCGAGAGGAGCUACAGAGCCUACAGUAGCGUACAUCGGUAUAUAUAGAGUGCUAGCGCGCGACAGUAUACACAGAGACUCGCUCGAACGAGGUUAUACCCGCUCUCCGGCGUUCGCGGGCUUCCAAAAGGCGUUCUCGGUUAUUUUUGUACUUAUUGUUUUUUCACUCGACUCUCCCUAUCGGCCAGAAGCUUCAGACGUCGAGGAGGUGCCCGACAGCGACGAUGUCGUACGAAACCAAAUACAUUUUCGCGACUCUCCCGCGCACACAGAGAGGCCAGCCCCUGGUCCUGGGCGGCGACCCGAAGGGCAAGAAUUUUUUAUACACCAAUGGCAACAGCGUCAUCAUCCGUAAUAUCGACAACCCUGCUAUCUCGGACAUUUACACCGAGCACUCGUGUCCCGUCAACGUUGCCAAGUACUCGCCUAGCGGUUUCUACAUCGCUUCCGGAGAUCAAUCGGGCAAGGUGAGAAUCUGGGAUACCGUGAACAAGGAGCACAUUCUGAAGAAUGAAUUCCACCCGAUCGGCGGUCCGAUCAAGGACAUCGCCUGGUCGCCGGACAACCAGCGGAUGGUCGUCGUCGGCGAGGGUAGGGAGCGGUUCGGCCACGUCUUCAUGUCCGAGACCGGUACGUCUGUGGGCGAGAUCUCCGGCCAGAGCAAACCGAUCAACUCCUGCGACUUCCGACCUUCCCGACCCUUCCGACUUAUCACCGGCAGCGAGGAUAACACGAUCGCUGUCUUCGAGGGACCUCCAUUCAAGUUCAAGAUGACGAAGCAAGAUCACACGCGCUUCGUGCAGGCGGUUCGCUACUCGCCGACCGGCCAUUUGUUCGCCUCGGCAGGUUUUGACGGCAAAGUCUACCUGUACGACGGCACGAGUUCCGAGCUCGUCGGAGAGGUCGGCUCGCCCGCUCAUCAAGGAGGUGUCUACGGGGUCGCUUGGAAACCAGAUGGUACUCAGCUGUUGACUGCGUCGGGAGAUAAAACGUGCAAGCUCUGGGACGUGGAAACGAGAACUCUUGUGGAUGAGUUCAUCAUGGGAAAUACGGUUGACGAUCAACAAGUAAGCUGCUUGUGGCAAGGAAACCACGUACUCUCCGUUUCACUGAGUGGCUUUAUUAAUUACCUCGAUCUCAACAAUCCUCUAAAGCCUUUAAGGGUAGUCAAGGGUCACAACAAACCGAUUACAGUAUUAACAACAAGUCAAGACAAAAGUACAAUAUACACGGGAUCGCACGACGGAUACGUGACGAACUGGAAAUCAGCUACCGGAGAGAACGAUCGCGUUCAAGGCCAGGGUCACGGUAACCAGAUCAACGGAAUGAAGGCAUCGGCCGACAUAGUUUACACCGCAGGCAUCGACGAUACUCUGAGAACGAUCGACAUCGCGACAAACUCUUAUGAGAACACGUCAGUAUUGAGGCUGGGCUCGCAGCCACGCGGACUUGAUAUUUAUGGAGAUAUUGUUAUUGUCGCGGCUGUUAAACAACUCGUCGUCACUAAAGAAGGAAAGAAGGUAUCGGGCUUGCCAAUUAACUACGAUCCUUCUUGCGUGACUAUAAACCAAGAGAAUGGCGAUGUCGCUGUAGGCUCAAGUUCAGAUAAUAAGGUAUACAUCUAUUCCCUGGAUGGAACCAAUCUCACGCCAAAAACGGAAUUGGAACAUCUGGGACCAGUGACUGAUGCAUCUUACAGUCCAGACAAUAAAUAUUUGGUUGCUUGUGACGCUAACCGCAAAGUUGUACUCUAUGUAGUGCCGGAAUAUAAGAAGUUGGCACACAAUAAGGAAUGGGGCUUCCACAAUGCAAGAGUAAAUACUGUAGCAUGGAAUCCAGAGUCUUCAAUGGUUGCAAGUGGAAGUCUUGACACAACAAUUAUUAUUUGGAGCGUUACUAAUCCCGCAAAACACACGAUCAUUAAGAAUGCUCAUUCACAGAGUCAAAUCACUCAACUUGUGUGGUUAGAUGAAGAAACUGUCAUUUCUGUUGGGCAAGAUUGCAACACAAAAAUAUGGCGUGUGGAGAAAAUCUGAUUGAGCUGAAAAAUAAUCUGUUUUACAAGGAACAGCUUUAUUAACAACGGAUGCAUUUUAUUUAUUUCUCACUGAUUCCUAGCUCGCAAUUGCAUUGUAUAUUAUUUUUUAAUACAAUACUUGAUAUACAAUUAUUGAAAUAUUUAAUUAGUCAAACUUAUAAGGAUUUUCAUUGAAAAGUUUCAAAUGAAAUUUGUAAACUGUGUGAAUUUUUAUUUUAAAUAUUAUUUUUUUGAAAAAUUUUAA